AGCCGGAUCCUAUGGCUUAGGACCCGAUGGAGGCGGAGCCGUGGUCCGAUCCGGACGACCUGGCAAUGGAGUCUGAGCCCGGAGAUUCUGAUGAUGGUGGCAACGAUGAUCUUCUCACCGAGAUGUUGCGUCCUCGGACGCGUGCUUCCACUGCAUCCGCUGCGCAGCAUCCUCCUCCCCCUCCACCCCCGCCCCCGAGUGUGCGUCCUUCCACUGCUUCCGCUGCGCAGCAUCCUCCUCCCCCUCCACCUCCACCCCCGAGUGCGUGUGCUUCCACUGCAGCCGCUGCGCAGCAUCCCCCUCCACCUCCACCUCCACCUCCGCCUUCGAGUGGUCGUGCUCCCACUGGAGCCGCUGCGGAACAUCCCCCUCUACCUACAGAUCGUCCAGGACAUGGCGAGCAGGGGACUCGCGACAUCGUUGACGAGCGAGACGACGACGACGACGAUGAUAGAGAGGGGUACGAGGGCAGCAGUGAGGACGAGGAUGAUCCCGCGUAUUCCCCGAGAUGCGGACGUGGUGAUGCCGACGACGCCGACGACGAGGGCGGCGAUGGUACACAGGCUGCAGGUGGUUUGUGGAGGUCGGGUCGACAUCGUGCCGACCGAUGCAGUGGUGCAGGCAGGGGGGACAGUGGUGCAGGCAGGCGUGUGGGGGGCGCAAGACACACAGGUGGUGCAGACCGUGGUGGCGGAGGACGGGCGAGGCGAGAGUCUGCAUCCUCCACUCGUACAGUGCAUUGGGUUGAUGAGGGUGCCGCGAUAGGAGAGGUUGGCGCCGGGUCGGCUGAGUUUGCUGCUGCGUCGGCAGAGGCCGCUGGAGAGUUUGCAGCAACAUUUGAGGAGGUCGCAGGGGGCUUUGCAGAGGUUGCUGGCGAGGCUGCGCAGGUUGGGAGGGCUUCUGCACAGUUGGGUGUUAGUUUCGGUGGUAUUCUUGAUGUUUCGUUGGGGCUUCCUCCGACACCGGCAGGCGAGCAUGGCAGUGGUGACGCAGCGGCUACGCCCGUCAGUCAGAUACUCCGAGAUGUACCUUCAUGCAGCAUGGGUGACAUCAGUAGCAGCAUGUUGCAAGAGGCAGCAGCGGGGACACAGUGCUCGUCGGGGCAGGAGGAGUGUGCAGCAGGGGACGGUGGGGAUUGUGGACCUGAGCAGGAGCGAGCGCCAGAGUCGGAGCAGGACAAGAUCGACCGCGAGGAGAGGGAGAGGGCGCAGGACAUGGUUAGCCGUUGCGAGAUGACACAGAGUAUUGCGUCGAGGGCACGGGCAGAGCGGAUGCUAGAGACGCGCGAUAGUGAGGGUCAUCGUGCAACGGACGAUGCAGUGCUUGAGUGUGGAGGCGCGGGCGCCGGGGAUGCAGGCGAGAGACCCGCGUCGACGGUUCAAGGUGUUUGUAUAUUGCCUAUCGGUGGAGCCAUGACGGCGGAGGAGUUGGAGCGGCAGGUACGAGAGGACCCAUUGCAGGCAGAUCGACGCGGACAGAUGGACGAGGCGUCGAGGAGGUUAAUGGCAGAGGCCCCAGCUUACGUGCCCUACAGCCCGUCACUGCCAUCGUCCACCACUGGUGCCACUACCUCCGUAUAUGCUGACGGUCCAGUUAUGGGAUGGAUUACCGCACCGGCACCUGCAGAGUCUCCUUCUCCCAAAUCACGGAAGAAGAAGAUGAGAGCAGGUAAGAGUCUCAGUACUCUGAGGAGGGUGACGCAUGCGAUGCGGGAGACUCAGCCCGGGCUGGACGGUUUACAUUCGCGGACUCGAGAGGCAUUGGCCCUGGACGUUGUCGCGGAGACAGUAGGUUGGCGGGAGGAGGUGGAGCACAGCGGCCCCCCGGGAGGAGCAUGGUCGGACGCAGGAGUCGUUUUGGAGUCCGGUACCGAUGAUUUGGAGAUGCCUCGUGGCCAGCGGAGGAGGGCUUCCGUGUACGACCUUCUUCGAGCACAGCACGGGGUUGACGCGGGGCCACAGGGGGGGGUUCAUGCUCCGGAUACUGCGCACGGGCCGGUAGGCGGCACAGGUGGCGACGACGGUGUCAGAGGUGCGGUGCCGCAGAGGAGGAGGAAGGACAUUGUGGACGACGAUGAUGUUUAGCCCCACCAUUAGUCCUCUUUCAUCCUGUAUUUCUUAGUAGUGUAUAUUAUACUUAGUGCUUCGGAUAACAUGAUGUGUUCAUAGGUAUAGUGUUUAUUAGAUUUGUAUUUGUACAGAUGGUUAGACUACUGCACAAUUGUCCAUACACAGGUGGAGUAGGUGCAGAUUAUUGUUUCUUUUUCGUUUUAUUUUUGCAUCGAUGUUUCAAAGGAUUGCAGUCUAUAUUUAGACAUGGGCACAGCAUCUACAGUGCUUGCAUUGUUUUUGUUUUCCUUCUACUUUGUUAUCGAUGUUUCAGACGAUUGCACAUUGUAUUCGCACAUUAUUUGAUUGAGUUCAAUCUUCAUAUUUCAUUUAUUGUUGUGUAUGUAUGGUGCAGUUGUUUCGUGUCACGGGACGGAUUGCCCUGUAAUGUUGUACUUAAUAAAUUUCAGCAACGAUU